AACAUGUGGCUGCUUCACAGCUCAUAUCAAUACAUGACAUGUCUCUUUUCAUUAGUUUCCAGAUAGAUUAACAGGAUUUGAUUAGAGUUGCUAUUAUCAAUGGAGACUGAUGGCGGUGCUGGAAAUGUUGUGAGAAACAAGAAGUUGAUGCUCAAAGACUACAUCAAAGGUUUCCCAAAAGAAUCAGACCUUCAUCUAACAACUGAAAGUAUAGAAUUGAAAGUACCACAAGGUUCAAAUGCAAUUCUUGUGAAGGUUCUUUACCUCUCCAUUGAUCCUUACCAGUAUAUUCGAUCCACGAAGAUCGAAAAACCUGGCUACUUCUCUUCCUAUUCCCCUGGUUCUGUGAUAGCCAGUUAUGGAGUGGGUAGAGUUGUUGAAUCUGGACACUCUGAUUUCCAAAAGGGUGAUCUUGUUUGGGGAACAACUGGCUGGGAAGAGUACAGUCUGAUUACAGAACCUGAAACUCUCUUUAAAAUCCAACGCUCAGAUGUACCCUUAUCUUACUAUUUGGGAGUUCUUGGUAUGCCUGGUUUGACAGCUUAUGUUGGUUUUUAUGAGUUCUGUGCUCCUAAGAAAGGAGAGACUGUUUUCAUUUCUUCAGCAAUUGGUGCAGUAGGUCAGCUUGUCGGGCAGCUAGCAAAAUUGAUGGGCUGCUAUGUGGUUGGUAGUGCAGGAAAUCCAGAAAAGGUUGAUUUGCUGAAGAACAAGCUGGGAUUUGAUGAUGCAUUCAAUUAUAAAGAAGAGAAAAACUUGAAUGAUACGUUGAAAAGGCACUUUCCUGGAGGCAUUGACAUUUGCUUUGACAAUGUUGGGGGCAAAAUGCUUGAUGCUGUGCUACUCAACAUGAAACUUAAGGGCCGCAUUGCUCACUGUGGAAUGAUUUCACAAUACACACUGGAUGAGCCUGAAGGCAUAAAGAACAUGAUGAACAUCAUUUAUAAGCGGCUUCGCUUGGAAGGAUUUGUUGUCACUGAUCACUAUCACCUCUUUCCCAAGUUCCUAGACUUCAUGUUGCCUUGCGUUAGAGAAGGGAAGAUUGUGUAUGUGGAAGACAUAUCUGAAGCUCUUGAGAGCUGUCCAGCUGCUCUUGUAGGGCUUUUUAACAGCAGCAAUCUUGGAAAGAAAGUUGUUAUAGUUGCUGCAGAAUAACAAGCCAACCAAAUUGUAGCGUUCUCAUGGGCCAUUGAGAAUUGUAUGCAUCCUCUUCUUUCAUGUGGUUACAAGUCAAAUAUAAUCAAUAAUGUGGUUGGAUUUUUUUAUAUGUAAAUGCUAAACUUGUAUUUCGAAAAUUACUACAUGCAAAUUAUUUAA